AUGGAGUUAUUUUCACUAUGGACCAAAGCUGUCUUCAUCACCUUGACUUUUGCUCUUUAUUCCGCUGCCAACCCUGAAAUCAAAGAUAUGGAUAAGGAAAGAGCUCUUGACACCUCGGAAACCGCUUUCUCAAAAUAUUCCACAUUCGGAAUGCAAAUAGACUGUCAACCCUAUGCAAAUUUUCAUGACAUGUGUACCAAAGAGUAUUAUCCAAUCUGUGCAAGUAAUGGGAAAACUUAUUGCAAUAAAUGUAUCUUCUGCAAUGCACUGAGACUUGAUAAAAUGUCUUCCUCUUUAUUAUGGAUCAAAAUCGUUUUCAUUCUGGCCUUGGUGUUUCCUCUUUAUUAUGAAACUACUUGUGCAUUUUCAACAGAAGCCCGUCAUAAGCCUGACUGUGAAAUGUACAGAAAAGUCCCAAAUAAGUGUACCAGGGAGAAGAAUCCAGUUUGUGGAACUAAUGGACAUACUUAUAGCAAUGAAUGUGUUUUCUGCAAUGCCAUGAUAUCUGCUAAAGAUAAAUUUGAUUAUUUGCAUCAUGGUCCUUGUUGA